ACUACUCCGGCUUUAUUUGACUUCACAGAGUUCCUGUGUGAGCGAGCGCGUGAGCAGAGAAGUGUUUAUAGUAGUCAGUUUAUUUCUGUGAUUAUAGUGGUGUUUAUUGUUUUAUGAAUGUGUUUGUGGUUGAUAUAAUACAGCGACCGAUGCCCGUUUUGACAAGGAAGCGAGUGCAAGGCGCCCAGUAUGUGACUCAGUGACAACCUUCCUGUUUUGGCCUCUUACCAAGUCCAUCAGCAGAAACUGGAGCUUUGCAGUUGUCAGCUGGUGCAGGACAAAGUCUUCCCAAUGUCUUUAGUGGAGGAUAUUCUGCAUGUGUUACACAUGGUCAUGGAGUACUUUGGAGUUCCUCCAGACAUGCUGGUUCCAGUGUGGGACAGUCAGUUGUGCGGUCAAUAUCGCAGCGUUGUGCGGAUGAUUGGGACAAAUCUCCCACUGACACCAAUUCCACGUAUCCACUUUCAGAUCCCUUUGCUCACCUACAAGCCCCAUGGCUGUGCUGAUGUCACUGUGGAAACGCCUAACAUCCCCUCAUUUGCUGACGUACUGUGGGUCUUAGAGGAUGAAGGGGACCACUUUGCAAAGACAAGGAACCAUUUACUUACAAAGCAGCAGAGUGCUGUAAAUCGAGAUGUGGUGAAAUCCUCGGGACCAACCAGGAAUCAAAUCCAGGGAGGAGGCAGACCAGUGAAACAGAUGGUUGAUACAGAUGCCAUGAAGAAGAUCACAGCACUGGAGGAUGAGCUGCACAAACUACGAGCUCAGAUAGCUAUGAUCGUAACCACUGUUCCGGCCUCAGGUCUGACAGAAAUUCCAAAUACCCCAAGGCCACCUCUGAUGUCUCCACUACCUCACCCAGCUCUCACCUCCACACCACGCACUAGUGCUCCUCCACCUCCACCACCACCCCCUCCACCUCCUCCACUUCCUCCUCCCUGCCCUGGCUCCUCCACUGAGACGUUAUCUGUAAUAGAGCUGAUCCACAAACGCAGGAACAAGGAGACAGACGGUGGUAAGGGUCAUCUCAAGUCCCAGGGCUCAAACCGCAGGAGUUUGGAAGUUAAAGGGGUCCCCUCCAUGAUGGAUGUUCUCAAGGACUUGACUCAAGUGAAAUUGCGCUCUGUGGAGAGAUCACCCGGGGGCACACCAGUCGGUAGGAGACACAGUAAGGGACAAGCAGCGCUGCUCAAUGACCCAGCGGCUCUCAUUGCAGAAGCGCUAAAGAGGAAGUUUGCCCAGCAUCGCCACAAUAACUCCUCUGACAAAGAAAAUUCUCUUCAACUCUCACCUUUCGGCAGCCCGGAAACACCCAAGAUCCCUCACCUCACCAGACGCAGUAAGGGUCGCCGCAGCCUGUUGGCCCAUUAAAUGAGGUUGGGUCAGAAUGAAAGAGCGCCUGUCAGCCAUUACAGCGCCCUUGGACACAAACUUCUUUCUUUAUAUGCAAGUUAUUGUCUCACAAUGAAUAUGGCGCCUGAAAUUGUUACGUUUUUCUACGUCGGGAUGUUUAAAUGUAUGUUUUUGUAAAAGCUGAUGAGUGACCACUAUUAUUGUUUUGUUUGUGUAAAUCAGAGUUUUAUGAUUUCUUUGUCAAUGUUAAUGUGGGUGAAGCUCCUUUCAAAGGAGACGAUGUAUUUAAGCAGGUCUGUAUUGUAGCUUUUCGCUGCAUGUUUCUAAAGUCACUUUGUGAGGCCUUGAUUCUCUUACCUCUACCAAAGUGAAACGACCGAUGAGUUUUGAGAUAGUCCUAUUCUAUGCAACUGCUGUUUCAGGUUCAGGUACACUAUGUUUUCUUUUCCUCCUCGUGCUUCCUGAUACUUCAGUUUGUGUCCAAAUCCGGUUGAUGUUACUGUUUUUUUUACAUUUGAACUGAUGUUCAAACUGCUGCAGAAGAGUGAGUUUACAGUAUUGUGUGCAUAUUUCAUUUCAAACUGUUGAAUUCAGGAUCUUUUUUUUAAAGAAACUAGAUGAGCUAAGCAGUGGUGUGGCACAAUAAAGCAGAGAAAGAAAUCUCUUAACAUUAAUCCCA